AUGCCAUCUAUGUUUCAGGUGGCUGGCCUUAUUUGGAAGCUUUCCACAUAUGGUAAUUUCACAUUCUCUUCGGCUUAUGAUGCUCUCAGAUCAAGGGCGGGCACCACCUUAUCAUCUGAAAGCAUAUGGGCGGGUAGAAUACCUUCAAAGGUGUCGGUGUUUAUGUGGAAGCUUUUAAGGAGGUUGCUUCUGUUCCCGGAUGUUGUUGAGAAUUUUGGUGUCUGCCUGCCUUCAGUUUGCCCGUUUUGCGUUAAUGCGAACGCGAGCCUUGAGCAUUGCCUCUUGCUUUGUAGCAGAGCUCGGGGGAUUUGGUUCUAUUUUGGAAGAAUUUUUGGUUUAUCUUUGCAGAAUUCCAACUCUGUUCGUACAACGUGUCAUUCUUGGUGGUUGCUCUCUUCACACACUUUGGUAGUCGACAUUGCGCGACUAAUGUCGUGUCUUCUGCUUUGGUUUUUAUGGCUAGCAUACAAUGAAAGCAUUUAUGAGGGAUCUUCUUUCUCGCCGUCGGGGCUAAUCCAGCGAAUAAAACAGGAAUCGGUGCUAAUCUUCCUCACUCGCUCUUUUCGCAGUCAUGGUGCUUCUGUUUGGGUUAAAUGGCUUGCGCCACCAUCUGGGAGGUUGAAGCUCAAUACGAAUGCCCUCUUUUCAUCCAGCGGUGUGGUAGGCGGGACAUGUGUGAGAGACUAUUGUGGUCACAUGGUAGCUGGACUCUGUUUUAAUAUAUCGGCUUCUUCAGUCCUUGAAGUUGAAGCUUUGGUUUUACAUUUUGCUCUUCAAUGGUGUGACACUAUGGUGAUGUUUCCUGCUCUCGUGGAAGUGGAUUCUCUUGCUCUUGUCCAUCUGGCUUCCUCUACAACGGCAAAAAUUCCAUGGAAGUUUAAGGACGCCAUCCUCUUCCCUCGUGCUUGCCUCUCAUCGUGGGGCUCCUCGAUUCGGCAUGUUUAUAGGGAGCAAACCAGGUUGUUGAUGCUCUUGCGACAGCCGGUCUUAACACUCGCUCAGCCUAUAUUUUUUGCUCCAUUAGCUCUUUGCCUGUAA